CUGUCAAUAAAGCUGUUUUCUGUUCCACUCGCCGUUUCCGUAGCAACACUGGGAGAGGAGGAGAGGGCCGCUCUGCUGGCCUAUAAGACGCCCGUUUCCUUCCCCGUCAAACUCCUCCCUCCCAGUGCUGCUGCCUCGCCCACUUUAGCAGCAGCUGCCACGGCAACGCAAAUAGCCCCACCCCCUCCAGCGGAACCCACAGCAGCUCAGGCCAUCACAGAAGCUACUCCGGAACCAUCAUCACCUGCAGAACCGGCCAUCACACAGUCUACUCCAGAAGCUACCUCAGAACCGGCCAUCACACAGUCUACUCCAGAAGCUGGGACCACAGAAGCUGUGGCUGUUGAACCGCUGGCAGCUGAAGCCACUCCAGAACCAUUAGCUGUGGAAGCUGGGACCACAGAACCCGUGGCGGCAGAACCAGCGGUGGCUGAAGCCGCUCCAGAACCAGUGACCAAAGAAGCAGUGAGCCCAGAAGCUGCCGUAGAAGAAGUGAAGACAGAGGUUGCCGUGGAAACAGCAGCUGUAGAAGCGGUGACCCCAGAGGUUGCCGUGGAAACAGCAGCUGCAGAAGCUGCGACCCCAGAGGUUGCCGUGGAAACAGCAGCUGUAGAAGCUGUGACCCCGGAGGUUGCCGUGGAAACAGCAGUGGAAACAGCAGCUGUAGAAGCUGUGACCCCAGAGGUUGCCGUGGAAACAGCAGCUGCGGAAGCUGUGACCCCAGAGGUUGCCGUGGAAACAGCAGCUGCAGAAGCGGUGACCCCAGAGGUUGCCGUGGAAACAGCAGCUGCAGAAGCUGUGACCCCAGAGGUUGCCGUGGAAACAGCAGCUGCAGAAGCUGUGACCCCAGAGGUUGCCGUGGAAACAGCAGCUGCAGAAGCUGUGACCCCAGAGGUUGCCGUGGAAACAGCAGCUGCAGAAGCUGUGACCCCAGAGGUUGCCGUGGAAACAGCAGCUGCAGAAGCUGUGACUCCAGAGGUUGCCGUGGAAACAGCAGCUGCAGAAGCUGUGACUCCAGAGGUUGCCGUGGAAACAGCAGCUGUAGAAGCUGUGACCCCAGAGGUUGCCGUGGAGACAGCAGCUGUAGAAGCUGUGACUCCAGAGGCUCCACCUGCUGGUGAAGGUGCUGCUGCAGAGCCUGCGGUUGCCAUGGCAGCAGCUCCUGCUGAUCAGGACGCCUCCUCCUCCUCCUCCUCCAGCGACUCGGACUCAGAUUCGGACUCGGACUCGGACUCAGCUUCAGAGGCUGCUGGCAAGCCUGAGGUGAAGGCUGAACUGAAGGCUGUUGCCCAGGAGAUGCUUUCUGCAGCGGCUGCCGGUCCAGCGGUUGCCCCGGAGACCCAAGAGAUGCUUUCUGCAGCGGCCCCGGAGACCUCUCUGCAGGAUGCCACCCCAGAACCAGCACAACCAGCACAGGAAACUGCCACUGAAGCAGUGGUGGAAGCCGUAACCGAAGCUGUAACCGAAGCCGUAACUGAAGCCGUGUCGGAGGCUGUAGAAGCCGUAAAAGAAGCCGUAACCGAAGCCGUUACAGAAGCCGUGUCGGAGGCUGUAGAGGCUGCCACAGAAGCUGUGGUGGGAUCAAUGAAGGAGGCCAUCACUGAAGCUGAUGGACUGGAGGCUAAAGACCUAGGGUUAGCUAAAGCAGCUCCUCCUGGUGACGAGGAGCUAGUUGAUGCCGCCCCUGUAGAGGCCGAAACUGCCCCUGAAGUUCUCAUAGCAGAUGCUGCCCCUGCAGAGGCCGAAACUGCCCUCCCUGCUACUGAAGAGUUGGUUGAUGCCGCCCCUGUAGAGGUCGAAACUGCCCCUGUAGAGGUCGAAACUGCCCCUGCAGAGGUCGAAACUGCCCUCCCUGCUACUGAAGAGUUGGUUGAUGCCGCCCCUACAGAGGCCAAAGCUUUCCCUGUAGAGGCCGAAGCUGCCCCUGCAGAGGUCGAAACUGCCCCUGCAGAGGUCGAAACUGCGCCUGCAGAGGUCGAAACUGCCCCUGCAGAGGUCGAAGCUGCCUCUGAAGCUCUCAUAGCAGAAGCUACCCUCCCUGCUACUGAAGAGUUGGUUGAUGCCGCCCCUGUAGAGGCCGAAACUCUCAUAGCAACAGCUGCUGAACCUGAAGCUCUCAUAGCUGAAGCUGUGUCUGAGGAGGAGCUGGUGGACCCAGCAGCCGUGCUCACAGAAGCAGCAACAGCUGAAGAGACUCCAGCCGUGGAGGCCCCUGAGGAACUGGAGCCCUUUGAUAACACCUCCUACCGGAACCUCCAGCACCAUAAGUACGACGAGUACACCUUCGCCGACCUGGAUGUGGAGAUGGCCAAAUACCGCCUCCCCCAGCCAUCAUCUGGACGACCCUCGCCACGCCAUUAAACACAACACACACACACACACACACAAACACACACACAAACACACACACAAACCCCUUCCCCAGCCAUCAUCUGGACAACCCUCGCCACGUCACUGAACACACACACACACACAAACCCCUCCCCCAGCCAUCAUCUGGACGACCCUCGCCACGUCACUGAACACACACACACACACACACACACAAAACCUAUGAUCCCAUGUCUAAUGUACUUGAAUGAUAAUAAAUGAAUUCUAUUAUUAAAUACCAAA